AUGCGCUCUGUGUUCAGCUCUGUGUUCAGCUGCUGCCUCCUGCUCGCUCAGGGCGGCGCCGCCGCCCUCGUCGGCCAGCCGCUGUCGCAGGGCCGCGCCGGCCGCCGCUCGGCGGUCGGCAUGGUCACCGCUGCGCCCGAGCUCAAGGACAAGCAGCAGUCGUUUGACACCUCGAUCGCCGAGGUGCCAAAGUGCCCAGAGACGGUGUGGAACUCGGAGAACAUCGACCUGGCGGCGGUGCAGUCGCCGUCGCGCGUGCUGCCGGUCGAGAUCACCGCCGCUGACGUGCCCGAAGGCAUGAGCCAGGAGGAGUUCUUCCGGGCGAGGCGGCCGGAGCUCCUCGAGCAGCUGACGGCGGGCGGCGCGAUCUGGCUGCGCGGCUUCGACCUGAUGAAGACGAAGGAGGGGUUCGCGUCGUUCUACGAGCAGCUCGAGCUCGAGCCGUGCCAGGACCCGCUCGCCUCCGUCGGCGCGCGCGCGGUGGUCGACAAGAAGAGCGCGAUGUACGAGGCUGUCAACAAGCCGUCGCGCGCAAAGUUCUUUGUUGGCAUGCACGCGGAGAGCACGUACAAGCGGACGAACCGGCUGGGAGCCUUCGUCUGCUUCAAGCAGGCCGAGACGGGCGGCGAGUUCCUCCUCCUCGACGGGCACAAGAUGCUCAAGGACCUCGACCCCGCGGUGCUGCGCCGGCUAUACGACAAGGGCGUCCGCUUCUCCAACGCGGAGCUGCCCUUCUUCGACUUUUUGCGCACGCUGCCCGAGCCGCUGCAGCCGCUGAAGGAGCCGCUCAAGGGCGUCUUCAAGGCGGUCGCGCAGGUCGCCGUCGGCGCAAAGAUCGACAUGGAGCUCGAGCUGCGCUGGGACGAGAACGAGGAGGACGGGCUGCGCCUGCUCGCGUUCUCGCCGACCCAGCCUCCGGUGAACCGCCACCCGGUCACUGGAGAGCCAGCCUGGUUCUGCAACGUGCACUCGCACUCGCGCUACCUGCGCGACGGCCGCGACGGCAAGCUCGUCGAGAGCUCGGGCGCGUCCAAGCUCAACGUGACAAACAUGUUUUACGGCGACCUCUCCGAGGUUUCAGCCGACGACCUGAAGCACAUCGACGAGGUGACGAUGAAGAACCUCGUCUACGUGCCGAUGGAGAAGGGCGACGUCGUCCUAGUCGACAACUACCAGGUGAUGCACGGCCGCGACGUCUUCACCGGCGAGCGGCUGCACGCGGUGACGUGGUUCCAGUGAGUCCAGUGAGCCGCCAGCGACAUGGGAGCCGUGCUGGGAUGGAGAGGAGGGGCUGCGCGGUGAGCGCGCGCCCGGAUUCAUACUCGUGCUGCACGCACGCCAGCGGAGCGCUCUGCGCGGAGUGCGGAGAACACUCUCUGCAUGACAUGACCGC